GCGAGGGAGUGUGCAAUGAUUGAACCGAAUUCUUUUUUUUUUCUUUUAUCGAUUUAAUAAUAUACAAAUAAGGGGAUAUCCUUUGCUUUCUUCUUUUUUUUUCACAAAUUCAUCAGGAACUAACAGCCAUGCCUUUGAUCAAGGUUCUUUCUAACAUUCGCAAUAUCUACAAGGUGAAUCUUUUGACAAGUAAGAAGUACCUUACCAAUAACUGGUUCACAGUAUCGACUGUUGUGAUUACUGGUUUAAAUCGUCCCAAUGAUUUAAAACAUCUGAUGACGAUGAUGGAUGAAGAUAUUGAAUCUAUGACAGAUCUACCAACCUAUGAGAAGAAACUUCAAUUCAAAGCUAAAAUCAUAUCCAAGCAACGAGAUACUAUUUUUAAAGGUCAAAUUGCCUAUGGUAUACCAAAGGCAAUAAAUGCACUUGGAACAUUAUAUGAUCUAACACCUAUUGAGGUUCGUGACAUUUUACCUACAAGUCCCAUUCGGCCAACCCAGAUAUGGCAAAAGAUGAUAGAACAACGGCGACGAGGCAGAGAAUUGUUUGACAAGAUUUAUCAUCCUAAUCCCGACAAAGUGAUGAAUGAACUUAAUCUCCUUUAUCCAGAUCUUCAUCAACUUUGUUAUGACUAUGGAUAUGGGUAUAUCUUGUCAGAACCCUCAGUGAUUUCAGACAAGGAAACAAGUUUGAUUUUAUUGACAGGAUGCCUUUCUCAACAAGUGAUACCUCAAUUAAAUGGACACAUUCGAGGUGCAUUGCAUAAUGGCGUCUCUCAUGAAGAACUUGAACAAGUCUAUGAUGCUACCUUAUCACUUUUUGAACAUUAUCAAAUUCCUCCACCUGAAAGACCUAUCACACCUAAUGUUUAA